AUGAGGGACCGGCUGGCGGAGCUGCAGCAGCGAGUGGCGGCCGAGGGGGACCCGCACGACGACUCCGGGCGCUUCGAGAACCCCGCGUUCGUCGGGGACGACGCCAGCCCCGUGGGCCGGGCGCUGCGGGAGGCGGCCGAGCUGUGGCGGGCGCUGGAGCGGCUGGAGCAGCUCUCGGAGAGCAUCGACAGGACGCAGCAGUCGGUGCUGUGCUGCACCUCGGAGGAGAGCAUCGCCCGCGAGAAGAGCGGCCUCGGCGCGGCCCGGGCCGCCUUCGCCCGCCAGGCCGCGGCCCUGCAGCCCCAGCUCGGAGCGCUGCCGGCGGCCCCGGCCGGGGGCUCGGGCCGAGCGGGGCCCCGCGUCCGCCAGACCCAGCUGUGGCUGCUGCUGCGCCGCUACGGUGCCGUCCUCGCCCGCCACUACGCCCGGGAGAGCCGCUAUCGACACCGGCUGAAGGAGCAGAUCCAGAGGCAGGCGGAGCUGGCAGGCAUCAACCUGGGCGCCCAGGACGUGGAUCUGCUGGCCGAGAGCCCCCAGGGGCCUCGCAUCGUCGGCCGCGACCUGGAGGAGCUCAAGGCCAAGCAUCACCUCGGCCUGGCCCAGGCGCGCCAGCGGCAGCUGCUGGAGCUGGAGGCGCAGAUGCUGGAGCUGCGCGGGCUGUUCCUGCAGCUGGAGGGGCUGCUGGCCCAGCAGCACGGCGCUGCCGACAGCGUGGAGCAGCACGUCCUGCGCACCCUCGACUACGCGGCCCAGACGGGCGGCGAGGUGAAGAGAGCCGGCAAAUACCAGCGGCCGUCGCGGCUCUCGGCCCUGCUGACUGCGGCUCUCGGCCUCUGCUGCUCCUGCUGCCCCUGCCUGCCGUGCCCCGGCCGGGGUCUGCGCUGA